AUGUCAGUUCUCAAAAUUGUGUUUAAUUGCUACCAAAUUCUAUUCGAUUGGUCUGGUUUUACCAUGGCUACUCGUUUAUAUUACAUUCAAGAUAAUUCUCAACCAACUCUUCCACUAAUUGUCAAAUUGAAAGAAACUAAAAACUUUUACAAUGCCAACGUUUGGCUUCUCAACGAUCAACACAAACGUUUGACAUUGUUAACUUCACUUGUCAUUUCAGCAACCACACCAAGAGAUGCCAAGAAUGGUGGAUAUUCUGUUGAAUUCAAAUGGGCAAGGCAAUCUUCAAAUUCUUAUAAUAUCGAAGUUGAAAUUGAGAAGAGAACUGAAGCUAGUUUUGGAAUUGUUUGGUUUUCUGGUUUUGUAAUUUUGAAAAGUGAUGCCUUAAUCAAAUCUUUGAGUCCAAUAGUUUCGUCUAAAAGUUUCAAGAUGGAAUUUAUUGGUGAUUCCAUUAGUUGCGGAUAUGGAAAUUUGAAAGUAGCUCCAUGUCACUUUGAAGCAGCUACUGAAAAUGUUCAUGAGAGUUUCGUCCAAAAAACUGCCAGAUAUCUCAAUGCCACAACUUCACACGUUCAAUGUUGGAGUGGUAAAGGAAUGGUUAGAAACUAUGGCGACAAGUCAACUGUCUCCAAGGAUCCUCUUCCACUUUUCUAUGGCAGAACUUUGGCCAACGAUGCCACAAAACCUUGGAAUUUCUCCGUGGUUCCAGAUUUGGUUGUAAUCUCUUUGGGAACUAAUGAUUUUAGUACUCCUCCAAGACCUUCAUUGGAAGAAUUUGGAGCUGGCUAUCAGAAAGUUAUAGAUCUUAUUAAGGCAAAGUAUUUGGUAAGGAAUCCAAAUUUGAAAUUGGUUCUUGUGAAACUUCAUCUUGGUAACAUUCAAUAUGUGAAACAAAUUGCUGAAAGACAAGCCAAUUAUGGAAAGACUGUAUUUUACUAUGAUUUAUCCAAAGUUAUGGGAACAUUGAAACCAAACGAAUGGGGUUGUGAUGGACAUCCACAUGUUACUGGAGAUGAGAAGAUGGCACUCGCACUUUCAACAUUUAUUAAGGAAAAUGUUCUAAUUAAGCAAAAAUCUGGAUCAGCACCAAAUAGUGUUUUAUCUGAUAAUGAUAUGGAAUAA